AUGGAAGAGGAUGAAAUAGAUAGAUUGAGACUCCCUGUGGCUCGUAAAAGAGCGAAAGACGAGAGUAUUGACAUUUCAAAUCUUAGAAACAUAGGAGAAAUUCGAUGUUCUCUGAAACGUCAUUUGCUUAGAGAUAGAAAAACUCGUGAUGAGGUUAUCAGAGGCCUUUCCUCUGAUGCUGAAAAUGACACAAUCCUUCGAAAGAUCCUUGGAGAAAUAUUCACAUCCACUAUUCAGGCUCUCCAGGAUUUGAGGCAGUCUGGUGACACGCUCAUGGGACAUUUGGAACAAUGUUUUGACAAUCUUUCUCCAAGACUUGUAAAUGAAGAAUCCAACUUACUUAGCGAGAGUAUAAAGUGUCCAAUUAUGGUACUGGGUGAGACUGGAUCAGGAAAGUCUUCUUUUAUUAACCUAGUUCUGGGAUGUGAGCUGUUGCCACAUUCUCUUUUAAGCAACACCAACACAAUUUGUGAAAUUCAAUAUGGAGAAAACUUCAAAGCCUGUUUCCAUCUCACUGGGUCAUCCAAAGAAGAGCAUUCUUUUAAGAGCUUAGAAGAAAUGCGACAAUCCCUCAGCAAUAAGAUUCAGAAGAAAGGAGAGCAGAAGUCUCUAUAUAAAAGAGUUGAAAUUUUUCUACCAAGUGAUAUUUUGAAGACAGGUUUGCUCAUAGUGGACAGUCCUGGGAUCGCUGACACAGGGGAGAUGACAGACAUUGUACUGGGUUAUCUAAUCAAAGCUUGUGCUUUUAUUUAUAUCAUCAACAGUGAAAAUGCAGGAGGAGUUGCUCCAGAUAGGCUACAACAUCUCUUUAAGAAAGUUGUGGAAAAGGUUUUUCGUGAUGAGCAGGACUACCGAUCUACUUGUGCUAUGUUUAUCUGUAACAAAUGGGACCAGGUGCCAUAUGAAGAGAGGAGCAAGGUUUAUCAGGACACAGUCAAAAAGCUGUGUUCAGAGUCCACUGGCUGGCCAAAUUGUACAGAGGACCAAAUAUUUCGCCUUUCAACAAAGGAAGCUAUGUUCAUACAGGACACCCCAGAGAGAUAUAUUGUGGGUCACUUUGCUGCUGUCCUACAUAAGAUCAAUGGCCUCAUUCCAGAGAGUAGGCACAUUCUUCUGAUAAACUCAGCAAGAUUUUUGCAGCAGGUAUUGGAUAAGGCAGCCAUGUUUAUAGAGACAAGUCUUUCUGAUGUGAAUUUGUCCCAAGAAGAGAGGAUGAUAAAAAACAAGGAAACUCUGGAGGAUCUAACCAAACUAAGGAAGGAUGUCAAUGAGUUCUUUGAAAAAGAAAAGAACAAUUUCGAUAAAGGUCUGGAAAAGAUUAUCAGAGACCUGAGAGAUCAUUUAAGGAGUAAGGAGACUGUGAGUGCUCUGUGUGAUUUUACUCAUUCCAUGGAUACUGCUGGUGUGAAGUGGAAAGAGGCGACAAUCAAAGUCAGGAUCAAACUGUAUGACAGCAUCACAGAGGAGAUCCAGAGAUGGGAAACUCAAAACAAGAAACUGGAAAUACUUGGCUCAGGAAUGGCAAAACAGUUUCAACAAAAGUUUCCUGAUUUUGAUUCCAAAUUGUUUAAUUUGCAGAAGAGAUACAUUCAGCAUAGUAAGUCUGGGAAAAUGGUUGCCGAAGAUGAAGAACCGUUUGUACCAGUGAUAGUAGCCGAAAAGUUUGACAACAUAAAUUUAGGAUUGAAAGUUUUGAUGGGAAUUUCCAUUUCUCCUGUGUUAUUGAUUGGUGCUAUUAUUCGGUUACCAGUUUGGGGAAUAAAAGAGUUGGCUAGAAAGGUCAAAGGUCAUAUGUUGGAAAAAGAAUAUGACACAGACCCCAAGGUUUCCCUACGGAAGUAUGCAGAAAGCAUUCUUGAAUCCACAAGUGAUCCCAUCAAGAUGAAGCCAAUUAUGGAGAAUGAAGUUUCUCCAAUGUUUCAGUACUUAGACAAUCAGAGAAGAAGAGUUUUACAACAAAUUGAGGCUGAAUUAAAUCUGUUAGACAAAAGAAAGGAAGAGAAAGAAACCAGAGAAUUCAUAGCCAAAAACUGCUCUAGCCAAAAAGUCAGAUUCGAAAGACUUAGAAGGAGACUGACAUAUUUUUAUAAGAUUGAGUUAAUGAAAAACUCGUACAAGAAAUUAUCUGAAUUUGAACUUGAGGAAACUUUGUACCAGGGUUUGUUUGGAGAAGUUUGCAAAGUUUUGCCCAAAGUUGAAACAGAUCAUCAUUUAGAAGCAGUAGUUGUAAAGAACAAGCAUAGGAUAGAUGGUGUAAAUAUCAUGGAACACAUGAGAGUUGAGGAGGCAUACAGAUCAAAAAGGUUUGUGUACAACAUGCCAUGCAUUUCCAUGAUGUUAGAAAGCUCUUCAGAACAUCAUUUUUUCUGGCCAGUCCUUUCGCUUCCAAAGUGCAGCUUUAGAAGCUUUGUUAAGUCAAAACUAAUUAACCCAGAAGAAAAAUCCCAGACCUUGUAUACCUACAUUGAGCCAGUGAUCAGUGGCCUGGACUUCUUGCACACCAAGAAACUGGUCCAUGUGGAUGUCUCCCAGGAUUCUGUAAUGGUUGAUCAAAAUGACAGAGUAAAGCUGAUGCACAUCACAUAUCCCCAGAAGUUGGAUCUCAGCCUGUUUCCAGAGGCUUCAACAGAACUAGAGCAGUUUGUCCACUUCCAUUGGGAAACCAUGUCGGCAUCAUCACAACGAGAAUACAACUUUCAACAUGACAUGUACGGUGUUGGCCUGAUGAUGUGGGAAAUCUGGACAGGUCAGAAGGCAUUCCAGCAAGUGGUUACAGGGCUGGAGCCAAGGACUCUGCUCCAGUUCAUCAGGUUUUUAUCCAUGAACAAGAACUCCCUCAGUUUGGGUGUAGAGGAUGGUUUGGGAAUUCUUGCUGUCAACGCCUGGAAUGACUGCAUCAUAAAGUGUCAGAACCUUUCAAUAAAUGCAGCAAAUCUACUCAACACCUUAGCUCCCUGCAAAAACAGUACCUUUGACUAUUCACAUGCUCAAGCUCCUUUAUAUAGUAGGUGAAUUUCAAACCCAAUACUGUCAUCAAUGUAGCUAAUGGGCUGGACCCAUUCUUUGGCAAAAUGGUGGCCAUCCCAAUUGUUGUCAGCUGCUCUAAUGAUGCAAAGAACUCCAUACAUGAACUUACUUUGGAAAAAUUUUGUGUGUUCAGAUUUUACAUUUUUAUACACUGUACAUGUAUGUCACAUAUUGUCUUUUGUAAUAAGUUUUACACUGUCAUGUAUAUUUUACAUGCAAUAUAUUUAUUUUUACUACACAGAUGUGGUACAAGUUUCUCUUUUCAAUAGUGCUUUCCAUGAAGUAUUUGAAAAUGCAGGUUUAUUGAAUGGACAGGUGCAUAUAAUACAUUGUCAUGCAGUUUUCAACUCACCUCCUAGAAUCCUGGGGAGUUUAAGUGAUUGACUGAUAUGGCAUCCCAUGUAAAAAAUUUUGAACAGGUCUAAAGAGUCUAUAAAGUUCUACCAGGUAUUUGUAAUACAGCAUAAAUGAUGCAUCUAGGGUUUUAUUGUACCAGGUAGGUUUCAAAAUGUAUUUUGUACCAUAGACACAUGUCUGUGUUUUGACAUUUUGUAGAUAAAUGAUAGGUUAAACUUUUGGCUUUUGGGAGCAGGUAAAAUAUUUUGCAUUUUCUCUUUCAGCCACAUUUUUGAGUCUGCUAAACUCUCUUCUUUCCAUGGCUAUACGACCACAUAAAGCAUAGUGAACGUGAAUAUUCUCAUGUUCUAAGCCCCAACUUCAACAGCAAUUUGUAAGUAAACUGCCAUUGGAUAAUCAAAGGUCAAUAUGGAAUAUGCUUUGCUCACAGUAGUCAAUAUGUAAUUUGAUACAAGAUAUUCUUUUUGUGAUCAACUACAGCCUGAUGGAAGAGUUCAUAUCAAUAUUGGCAAUCAUAAAGAUUAAGGAAAUGGUCUCAUUCCUUAGCAUUUACCAGUUAAAAUCUCCCACAAAGUAAAGUAACUCUUAAUCGAUAAGACCAAAAAUGAUAGGAUGGAGUACAUUACAAGUCAUAUGUGGCUUACAUUUUCAAAAUGAAUAAACAAUUUGAAGUCUUGAAAGCAGGCUUUUUAUGAGGAAGCUAUUUUUUGUGGUGCAUUUGUUUAAAUAUAUUUUUAGAGGUUUUUUUCUCCCUGUAGAGUGAAGAUUAUAAUUAUGUGAAGUAUUGUAGUUUCAUCAUUAUUCACUGAAUACCAGUUUUCAAGGAUUUCCUGGCUCUGUUCAUCCGCAAAUAAAAUCUUCACUGAAGCACAGUAUCUAAUUACAUGUACAUAUUGUAUUAACAGCAUCAUUGGCUACAAUUUUAGUUAUCCUUGUAACUGCUUUUCACUAAAUCCACGAUGCACAUGAAUACUGAUGAAACAUUAGCAAAUGUUUUUACAGUACUAUAUAGACGGUAUACUAGCAUGUAAACUGACACAUUCUACCACACAAACCCAAUAACUAAUAGAAUCGAAUUACAAACACGGGCUGGUUCAUCUCCAUUCACUUUAUUAAUUAAAUAAACAGACACAUGAUUUGCAUACGUGACAUGUAUCUUCCAGUAGACAUAUUAUGUUGGUAUAAGAACAAAUAUUGCACAGUAACAACCUAAUAAUAAGUACAUGUAUAAUGGCAGCAAACAUUGUCCACAUUCAUGUACUAUAGCACUGCUUAACUCAAAGUAAUACUGGGAAUAUUUGUUUUAUGUUGUAUCAUUUGAACAAAAGAAUUUUGGCUAGUGACAUAAGAAGCUACAAUAUACAUAUAAAUUACAUGUAAUAAUAUAUAGAUCUUUUCUUUAAAAAAAAACUUAAGCUAUUUAUGAGACAUCAGAAAAUCUGUGUAGCUUCAUAUUCUUUUACAAACAGAAAUUUAACAA